AGCCUCCUUAAAUCCGUUUGACACUAUCAGUUGAGAAUAUCAUAUUUCGCUUAUUUUCAUAAAAACAGGGGAACCUAUUCCACGUUAUAUCCUUUAUGUGGCCUCUUCGGUUGCAGCUACAUGUCUUCUUUUGGCAGUCAUCGUUGCAAUCUUCCUUCGCCGGAAAUGCAGAUCUAGAUCGAAACCAGUUUCUUCACAAGGAUCAGAUGUAGACGACACUGGUUUAGUAAUCAACGAGCUGUAUGAUGAGUGGAGUGCCUUGCCGUCAGCCUCAGAUAUACUGGUCGACGGUGACCACGCUCCUUCAAGUAGUACGACAACCCCUGACACCAUUGGCACCAAUGCGGACACCGAUAUGGGAAACAUCGCAGGAGAUGAACAUGGCGGUUGGGCUUGUAGAUCUGCCCAUUACAAGACGACAUGUGAUGACAUCACCUAUCACACUCUAGAGGUUCCGACGAAAGAUGAUUGUACAAUCUACCAAGGACAAGAAAAUACAUAUGCAGAUAUCGAGGAUAAACGGUUCGGUGUUUCCAAUGUGGGCGACGAUUUAAAAGACACGAAAGGAGAUGGGGAUUGCAAUUUGGCUUGUAGGUCUACUCAGGAGAAGACGUCAUGUGAUGGAAAAACCUAUUACACUCUGGAGGCUCCAAUGAAUGAUAUUUCUGCAGAUAUCGAGAAAGACCGAAAUGACAAGGCUUGGAGGUCUAUGUCGGACAAGACGACUUGUCACCCCAAUAAUUACUACACCCUUGAGAUUCCAUCAAAGGACGACGAACGUCAUGGUGAAGUAUCCGAUAAUGAGUAUGAAGAUGUGGGCAGGGUCAACUUCACAGGUCAAGAAGAUGCUGGUGUCAACAAGCGUUUUACUCUUGAACGCCGAUCUUUGGGUCCUGAUGCUGGCACCUCGAGCAAUAAACAGCAUCAAAGUGGCAAUACAGACAUCAGACUCUCUAAAGGCGAUGAGUACGAUACUCUCAACUUCAGGACAUCCGUAAAGAAGUCUUCCAGACAUAAUGUAAAUGAGGCCUUUGCUGAAGAGACGGAGAACAAAGAUAUGUACGGUUCUCUGAAUCUUCCAGAAACAUCAGAUCCUCCAAAUUCUUUGGACAUUCAACUAAUCAACGACAACGUUUAUGGAAAUCUCAGUGAUGUACACAUUGAUCCUGUCAAAUGCCAAGGAGAAAAACCAAUUGCUCCAUGGGUUGAACCCGAAGCCACGUACCAAAACAUGAAAUUAUAAACCUCAUCGUAGCUCAGUUAAGAUCACAUCGAAACAUUAGGAACUAAUUAAGACCAGAGAUUAAGCUCCGCCUAAUGUCAACUUGAUUCCAACACCUGCUUAUUCAGUUUUGCCUCUUAUCGAAUUGUGGUUUGUGUCUGUCUUAGUGCUCUAAAAUUAGAUUGUUUAUUUAAAUUCAUAUUUCAUUAAAAAAAGUAAUGGGGAGGAGAAUAGUUGGUUGCAUUUGGAGUAAGACGUG